UCCUGAACAUUAAUAAAAUAGAUGGUAAAAUCAAAGUCUCACUUCAGGUAACGUAAAACAUCCAUGUCGAAAUAAAAAACAAUAAACACGUUUUUCAUUGUAAUCGGAGUUUUAUAGGUUUUAUAGACCUUAUCUUCACAAACAUGCUGCGUAACAGUUAUUCCAGACAAUGUCCUUCCGAACAGACAAGAAAAAUUAAAAGAAGAAUCAGAGAUGAACGGACAUCUGUUCCAUUAGGAGGGAAGAAACUGAAAGAGGAUACUGAGAAAGAACUUGAAUCAUUGGUUCUAGGCGGAGAGCACCAGAUACUUGAAGAGUUAGACAAAACGGUACAGAGAACAGAGUUAUCAGUUUCUGCAACACAGAGGCAGGGAGUACUUGAAAAAAAGGCCCCAGCUUGGGAAGAUGACGAUGAUGAUCAGGGCAGUGUUUUGUUGACAGAAGAUAGAAAGUUUGCAGGAAUAAAAAGAGAUGAAGAGUCAAAGAUUACUAAGAAAGAAUACAGUCAUCGCUUGAAAUCACAAUUUGAAAAGCUUUCCAGCACCCCAAACUGGGCAAAACUUCCGUCAGAGAGAAAACCUCAGUCAGACAGUGAGGACAGCGAUGUGGAGGAGCUGUUACAGAAGACCGGCACCUUUCUGGAUGCCCCAACCUCCCUGCCGCGGGGCAUCAUACAGGUGAAACCAUGCACUGACCUCAACAAGGAAAACUACAUGAAGGGAGGUGUACAAGCUCUGGAAUUUCAUCCCUCAGCCCAGGUUGCUCUCACAGGAGGCUCCAACAACACACUCACAUUGUUCCAGGUUGAUGGAAAGACGAACCCUAAGAUUCAGAGCUUUUUCCUUGAGAACUAUCCGAUCACAUGUGCCCAUUUCUCCCGCGAUGGAGAACAGGUGAUCAUCGGCUCAAACCACAAGGCCUUCAAAUACCUGGACAUGAUUGCUGGCAAGGUCGUUAAUGUGCCUUACAAAGGUAUGGAAGAAAAGAGUAUGAACAAGUUUGUGUUAUCUCCUGAUGGCAAAUACAUUGUCUUCCUCGGGAAGUAUGGCAGAAUGCACUUCAUCUCGUCCAAGUCGAAGGAGUGGCUGUUCACCUUGACGAUGAAUGGCAGUGUGCAGUCUGUGGCCUUUACAAGCGAUGGCCAGCAGAUGUAUUCGCAUGGAGAUGAUGGUCAGGUGUACGUGUGGGAUGUUCGGACAAGGGAAUGUAUUCACAGGUUCAUGGACGAGGGUUGUACGAGAGGCACGUGUAUCGCUAUCUCUCCAAACGACCAGUACCUCGCUUGCGGGUCCAAUACUGGUGUUGUUAACCUGUACGAGCGUGAAUCAUGUCUGACUGGGUUUGAACCUCGCCCGGUAAAGGCAAUUAUGAACCUAACAUCAAGUUGUGCAAUCGCUAAAUUCAACGCAACCUCAGAAAUACUCGCAAUUGUCUCCAGAGAGGAAGAAAAGGCAAUUAAAUUGGUGCACACAGCUAGCCAAACAGUAUUCUCCAACUUCCCAGACAACAUGGACGUGCACAUGAAGACCCCUACAGCCAUCGAUUUCUCCGUAAACAGUGGUUACCUCACCCUGGGAACAAACCGUGGGAAAGCCAUGCUUUAUAGACUGAAGCAUUACGGGAACUAUUGAAUUGAUAAUUUUAUUUUGUUAUUAAAAUAAAAAGUUCUGAAUAUUGC